AUGGAUCGGGCAUACCCAAGUGAUCUUUAUACACCUCUGAAUGAAGCGGCCAAUGAAAUUCGACUUCUAACCUUUGAAGAUUCGAGUUCGCGGCCAAGUCGCAUACAUUGCCGGCUUACUGUUCAUUCCCUCGAUAGCAUCAGCGACAGCUUUCGUAGACAUCUUGUUGCUAAAGGCAAUCCAAGCCAGCUGCGCAGAAAAGAUGUGAUAGAAUGGGCGGUCCAGUCUAACAUUGAAAGAAAUGACCCUACGGCCUCGCUGUCGGACGAAGCUUGUCAUUUCGAAUGGGGAUGUUACGACACCCUCUCUUACGUUUGGGGCUCCAAGAUUAGUCGUGAGCGCAUCGUGGUCAAUGGCCACAAGGUAUCGGCGACGGAGAACCUCGUCGGCGUGCUUAGAAACCUAUCCAAAACAGGGCAGUAUAGAGGCCGACACAGACUCUGGGUGGACGCACUCUGCAUCAACCAGACGGAUGAGCGGGAAAAGACGUCACAGAUCAAAAAGAUGCGCUACAUCUACAGCGUGGCCUGGCGUGUAGUAUCCUGGCUGGGCGAGGACGGCAAUGCGAGCAAUGCCGCCUUUGACCUGCUUGAAAAGUUUGCCGACAUUGCCCGCCAGGUCGGCAAGCCGGCGUUCGGGGAGCUCCCGCUACCCUCAGGGCUCUUCUUUGGCGACUACUUUUACGGGCUCAAUGAGUUGAUGCAGCGGCCGUAUUGGUCGAGGCUGUGGAUCGUCCAGGAACUGGUGCUGGGCUCUUCGUCGGUGGUCUUGCGUUGCGGGGAGCGCGUUCUGGGUUGGAAGACGUUCUGUUCUGGGAUCAAUAUCUUGAACAGAGCCGACAUGUGGGUCAUCAAGGACCAGCUCUUGAAAAUGGAGCACAAGGCGAGAGGACUUGGAGGUUCUCGUUACCACGCCGUGUUUGGCACGCUAUAUAUACAUCUCGUGCACAAGGAUAUCCAGGUAUUGGCACACUAUGAGGAGACACAAGGAGGCGGAAAUCUGAGUCUCCGCCGCCUGUUGGACAUUGCCUGUGGAUCGGAUUGUACGGACAUGCGAGACAAGGUGUUUUCCCUCCUCGGCAUGAUGGAACCGCAAAUCGCGAGUACCGUAGUUCACGACUACUCCAACCCCCCGUCGACACUCUUCGCCACCGUUACUCGAUCCUUCAUCACGCAUUACAACGACCUGGAACCACUGCGCGAAGGCAACCCAUGGUCUAGGACAGGCACACCAUCAUGGGCCGCCGACUGGACGUGGGAUGGUCGUUUGCGAUAUUCCCGACCCGAAACUCCUCUCUGGGGCUUUUGGAACGUCUGGAACGAACAACCGAUUGAUGCGCGGAGGCUGUAUCGCGCAGCAGGCGACAAAGUAGCCCAGUACACAUUUAUUGACGAAAAGGUACUGAAAUGUAGAGGUUUUGUCGUGGAUGUCGUCACGGGCCUGGGCGCCGUGGGCUCGGGAUACUUUGCCUGGGAUGCCUCAGCCACGGAGCAAUGCUUGUCCUGGCAAAGCAUCUACGGCGGCCCAGAGGAAACAGCGAUUGCCCUGUACAAAACCCUCGUGCUGGACUGCGUGGUAGCAGGUCAGCCGGCCGAGGACCGGCAUGCUGCGAUUCUGCAUCUACCCAGGAAGUUCUCCUUGGCCCAGCCGCAGUUUCAUCAGCGUCAAUGGCAGUGGAUGGCGUCGCAAAGGGGGUACUAUUUCCGCUGGCAACUAUGGCGUGCUGCUCAUGAUGAAAUCGUCAUGGGAAACAUGCGCCUGGGGGAUUUCUUCAGCGACGAGCUGCUGGACGGCGCAACAGAACAAGACUAUGCCGAAGUCUAUGGCGGGUUUGACCGGACGGGCAAGGAGAGGCGGUUCAUGCUUACGGAACGGGGCUAUCUUGGCUGGGCGCCAGACAACAUCGCAGGUGGAUUUGGGGAACAGACACGAAGGGGCGAUUUGAUAUGCAUCAUCUUUGGGUGCUCUACCCCCUUGAUCAUACGCCCAACCAUUUCGGGCCAGUACCUUAUCGUCGGGGAAGCAUAUGUCCAUGGGCUAAUGCGUGGAGAGGCGCUCGACUUCCUUGACGCCAAGCAAUGCCAUGUGCAGGACUUUACUUUUGUUUAA